GAAUAGUGACAGUGCUUUUGUGAGAGCGCUGUGAGUUCCGUCUGCUUCCGUCUAUCAAUUGAUUAUCUGUAAUGACUACACUGUAUAUAUCUAUACUGUGAUUGAAUUAUCAUAGGUCUCGUGCGUAAUCGGAGUAGAUUUGAUACUUGAGGGGAACCAAUAAUCAUGGUUCAGCAAUACCAAUCGCCCGUGCGAGUUUACAAGCAUCCUUUCGCUCUUGUCAUGAUGGCAUAUGAGCGUAGGUUUCCAACUUGUCCACAGAUACCAGUUUUUAUUGGAUGUGAAAUUAUGUUAGAUGAAGAGAGCGAGGAUAGUGCUGUUAGAACCACAGAAAGGCGAUGUAAAUUAAAUGUUGAAGCACCUUAUAUCUUAAAAAAGAUAAUUGGUGUGGAUUUUGUAUACUUUAUUCAAAGGAAUGUUUUAAAUAGGCGCAAUAGUGUUUUAGAAAUAGAAGCAUACAAUGAAAGCUUUUCCACUAGAGUAACUGUUAUUGAAAAAUUUAAAUAUUUUAUUCACCCUGAAAAUCCAGAAUGGACUUGCUUCGAGCAAACUGCAAGUUUAGAUAUUAAAAACUUUUUUGGUUUUGAAAACUCAAUGGAAAAGUUAGCGAUGAAGCAAUAUGCACAAAAUAUUGCUAAGGGUAAGGAAAUUAUCGAAUAUUUUAUAAAUCAAUUGAAAGAAGAAGGUAUUACCUAUGUUGCUGCUUGGGAAGAUCCACAGAAAAGAUCUUCUGAAGAAGAAAAGAAAAAUGUGGACGAAAAUAGUGAGCUAUAUAGCGAAAAAGAAUUAUGUAAUACCGACAACAAACUACCCAGCAAUAGAGAAAUGCAACUAUCAUCGGAUUAUAUAGAGAGAUACUUAGGAAAACUAGAUAUGCUUCAGGAAAGCAAAUUAGUGCAGCUUAGACAUAGCAUUGAAGAACUAAGGGGUAGUUCCGUACCAGGUUAUGCAACGCUUCUACGGUUCUUAAGGGCCACGGAAUUCUCUGUUGAAAAGGCUAGAGAAAUGUUAACACAAUCCUUACAUUGGAGAAAGAAGCAUCAGAUCGAUAAACUUCUAGACGAAUAUGAAAUGCCACAAGUGGUUAAAGAUUACUUUCCUGGUGGCUGGCAUCACUUUGAUAAAGACGGACGACCUUUAUAUAUCUUAAGGCUGGGUCAGAUGGAUGUUAAAGGUCUACUUAAAUCUAUUGGGGAAGAUGAAUUAUUAUUAUUAGCUUUACAUAUCUGUGAAGAAGGUCUGCACUUGAUGGAAGAGGCUACUACUGUUUGGGAUCAUCCGGUCUCCCAAUGGACACUAUUGAUAGAUUUAGAAGGUUUAAAUAUGCGACAUCUAUGGAGACCUGGAAUAAAAGCAUUAUUGAGAAUAAUAGAAAUAGUUGAAGCAAAUUAUCCAGAAACAAUGGGAAGGGUUUUAAUCAUGCGUGCUCCCAGAUGUUUCCCUAUUUUGUGGACACUUAUCAGCACUUUUAUAAAUGAAAAUACUAGGAAAAAGUUUAUUUUUUAUUGUGGUACAGACUACCAAGAACAGGGACCCGGUGGUCUUAAUGAAUAUAUUAAUCAAGAAUUUAUUCCUGAUUUUCUCGGUGGUUCCUCAGAGACAUACGUAAUGGAAGGUGGAGUAGUACCGAAAAACUUAUACAGAGUGGAUUUGGAGGGUACUACCGGUGAACACGAGCACAGUCUGUAUCAUUCUAUUAGCUUAAGCCGUAGUCAAACUCAUCAUGUGUUCAUAGAAUCGGAUGAUCCGGGUGCUGUCCUGACGUGGGAUUUCGAUGUAAUGCGUCAUAAUGUAAUAUUUACAGUACUUCACAAAUCUCGAAACAGUGAAAACGGUGCUAUUUCAGAACUUCCAGAGCUUGCAAUAGGGGGUGAUCAUGAAAUCGUUGCUGCAAAAGAAUUGAAAGAUAAUUACAUUAAAGUCGAACAUAGCAUAAUUUGUCACGAUGGUGAAAGCAUCCAAGGUACUCAUAUCAUGCAGGAUACAGGUACUUAUGUAUUACAAUGGCAAAAUCAAGAAGACCAAGUCGAAUUUCUUCCAUCCAUUAGCUCUCAUAAGGCUCAACUUAUGUACUUUUAUGAAACAUUACCAUCUGCACAUUACAGAGGUUCAAUGAUGAGUUUACAGUCAGCCAUAAGCGGAAGGUCAGAGGCUAGUUCAUCCUUAUCCAGAUGAAAAGCAAUGAGUACGAACGUCGAAUUGCAGGAGACAUGAAAUUUCAUUCGUAAUAUUUUAGUAAUAUGCGUUGUAAAAAUACGAAUCUCAUUUAUGUUUAACGGAGCUAAAAUACAAUUCACAUUUUAGUCUAAUAUUUUAAUUUUGUUGA